GGGAGGAGAGAGUAGCAUUGAGUGGUGUGAGAGUGAGCGGAGGACUAAAAAAAGUCUGUAAAGAAAGAGAGGUUCCUCUCCGACGUUAAUUUCUGUCAAAGAAGUAACGAAGCUUUACGGUGGAGAGAUGUCAAACAGCGGAGAAGAUGCGGUUGAGACGGAGUAAACAGCUACCGGACAGUUAGCGAAAGAACUUGUUAGAAGAGAGAGAAAGGCUUUUCGGCUGGCUCGAGUCGGGACGGUUGGCCGUUUUUCCGCCGCAACUUGAGCAGAUUUCAACGCUACAAGUUACGGGACGAGAGGCGAGGACCAAACAGCGAGGUCUUGACCGCUCAGCUCGGUGGAAGGAAAGCCAUUCGCUCGGUUUGGUCGGUUGGCGGAGAGCCUGGGGUGAAACGGACCGAGAGAGCGCGGCGGCUCGACAAGAGAAGAGCCGCUGAAGCACUAGCUACAAAAGUUUGCCGUGUGUCUUCACCUAGUUUUCCAGAUUGGGAACCAGAGGCGAAGGAAGAGGCCGAGAGACGGACUUUUCUUUCCACAAGCAACUUUGUGGAAUUCAUCCAGUUUAGUGAACUUUAGACACUUGCUGUUUUGCUACGUAGCUGAAGCAGAAAGAAUGAAAACACCUGGAGAUAGUGGGUUCGCCUUCCCAGAAUGGGCUUACAAACCUGAGUCAAGCCCUGGGUCCAGGCAGAUCCAGCUAUGGCACUUCAUCCUGGAGCUGCUCAGAAAAGAAGAGUAUCAUGACGUUAUUGCCUGGCAGGGCGACUAUGGCGAGUUUGUUAUCAAAGACCCAGAUGAGGUGGCCCGACUGUGGGGGGCCAGGAAGUGUAAACCCCAGAUGAACUACGAUAAACUGAGCAGGGCACUGAGAUAUUACUACAACAAGAGGAUCCUUCAUAAGACUAAAGGAAAGAGGUUCACCUAUAAGUUCAACUUCAAUAAACUGGUUUUGGUCAACUACCCAUUCAUCGACAUGGGCUCCUCUGGAAGCAGUGUUCCUCAGAGCGCCCCUCCUGUCCCUACUGGUGCAGCGACCCACUUCCGCUUUCCUCCUUCAACACCGUCCGAAGUCCUCUCCCCCAACGAAGACCUGCGCAGCCCCAGCGGCAUGUUCAGCUCUGUGGCCCGACGAAUGGCACGCGGCUCCGUCAGCGACUGCAGCGACGGCACAUCGGUCAACUCGGAGGUUGAGGAGGGCAAUGCGGGAGCGGGUGAGGAGAGGGGAGAGAGGGGUGUGAGUGGAGGAGGAGGAGGACCUGGAGGUGGAGGAGGAGGCUACCGGAGUAUCAUUCAUCCUCGUCUGUCUCAUGAAACCCUGUUCCGCAUGUAUGGAGGACCAGGCAACCCUGCUGGCCACCCAGGCUCCCAUGGCCCCGCAGGGCACCGGAUCCACACAGAGCCCCUAUCCCCCUUCCCUGUGUCCCCUCUGCCAGGGCCAGGAGGAGCCGGCCUCCUAGCACCUCCUCUGUCCCCGGCACUCUCCAUGACCCCGACAUCUCACCUAACUUACACUCCCUCACCCACCCUGUCCCCCAUGUUAGGCUCCCACUUUUCAUUCAACCCAGAGGACAUGAAGCGCUACCUGCAGGCCCACACCCAGUCGGUGUACAACUACGGCCUCAGCCCCAGAGCUUUCCUCCAGUACCCCAACAUCGUUAUCCCUCAGCCCCACCGGCCCGCUGCAGACAAGGCUGGUCUGAGUGGAGACAGAGGAGCGGCCGAGAGAGCAGAAAGAGCAGCGACUGCAGGCGGAGGAGAGAGGGGAGGAGAUCGGCACCACCAUCCACCUCUGGCUCACUCUGCCCACCACCACCCGCAUCCACCUCACUCUGCCCACCCUCACCCCCAUUCUCAUCCCAUUCAUCACCCACUCCAUCUGGGUGAGGAGCCUCCACACAUGUCUCCCUUCAAGUUUAAGCUGCAGCCACCACCACUGGGCAGGAAGCAGAGGGAGACUCAAAGCCAGAGCAAACCCAGGCAGAGCUCGCUGUCUUCGGGCUCAGGAUCCGGGUCCAUGUCAUCUACCUCUGGCCUGGGAUCCUCGCUGUCGUUUGGCAGUGACCUGAGCUCAGCCAGUGGCUCAGGCCUCAUCUCUGCCUCCUCCUCAACACAGUCUCUAAAUAGUGCAGGACUCCCCAAGAUAAAGGUGGAGCCCAUCUCUGACAUAGAGUCAGAGGAAGAGGUGGAGGUGACCGACAUUAGCGAUGAGGACCCAGAUGAAAGAGAUGAAGAGUUUGAGCUCUUCUCCCAUCGCCACUCCAGAGCCCCUGACCGCCACCACCAUCACCUUGCUAACGGCACAGCUGCACCCCAGCAUCAACCCCAUAAUGAGGAGGACCUGGACGAGGAUGUCUUCAAAGCCCCCGCUCCGCCUCCACCUGGCCUGAUGCCCUUUUUUACCUCCCAGCACACACACUCCAACGCACAUCGUGUGCUGCCCACACUCAAGAGUGAACCGGCCGAGCCAGGGGACAGCAACACGCCUCCACCUCAGACGGGUUCGGCAGGAGCUCCCCAGACCAAGUGCAUACCGUUGAAGCUGCGCUUCAAAAGGCGCUGGAGCGAAGACCAGCGCAUGGAGGCCUCACAGGAGGAGUCAGACGACAAGAAAGUACGACCAGAGGAGGAGAGGGAAAGAGAGAGGCAAAGUAAUGGACAAAUGGAGAUGGACGAGGACGGGACAGGCAGUGGAGAAGGGGACAGCCCCCCUCCUUUGGCAUACGAGGGCUCUUUAGCCACACCGUUGGCCUCACACCGGAGGGUGAGCGCGGAGCUGCAUCGUGCCACUGCACAGCUGUCCCUGGAGAACAAAGACUGCUGAUGAGACACACAGCCCAAACACUACUGCUCCAGUAGCACAGGAGGUGGUACAGGAGUAUGUAAAUGGUUCCCCUGUAAUCCCCACACUGAUAAACUAGAUUCCUGAAACCUCCAGUGAACUGAGAGCACGGUCCAGCAUACACACAUAUAAAACCGACACCUCAAAGACAGCCUGACUCUUGCUAUGUCAGAUCCCCCAUCAAUGUCUGUCUGGAUCAGGGUUCUUCUGGGACACAUCCUUUGGGAGGAGGGACUCUCUGAGACUCAGCCAUCCCAGGCUCAGUGACUGUAAUGGGGCUGAAAUCAGAGCGAUGCUCCCUCAUGAAACUUGGCCACAAGUUCACCUCCCACCUGGCCAGUGAAGCUCCAGAUACCCUGUCCCAGUAGCACAGCUCCUGCCUUCAGGCCCCCACCGGUAGGAACAGCAGCCAGUCAAUACUUUCCUCAGGGGACACACACUCCCUUACAGCCCAGCGACACACCCAGGACGACGAUAUGCUCACUCUCCCAUAUGCUACUUUUCCUGGAAGACGACAGGACUUUGAUAAGUGCCUGUAUCUAAAACUGACAGCCCUGGAGUGACAUGGAAGAGAGCAAAGACGGGAGAGUGUGAGGAAGGAGGACUGCUUUGAGUUACCAUACGUUUAACUCAUGAAAAACCUGGCAGAUACUGAAAAAUCAUAUGAACAAAAAGGAAAGUGUGUCUCUAUGACUGAAGAGAGGAGCUGUUGGUGUUGUCUGACUGACUCUUUAACCUGGCCCACUCCACUCAGGGAAGCCUAUUGCUGUAUGUUUAUUGGAUUCAUGCACACAAACAAAAACAAAAAGCAACCCAGCCAACAGUGAAUGGGACUUGAGGACCAUGGACACUAAACAGUGUUCACAGCGACACAAGACCAUUCACACUCACAAGCAUACGCUCACCCAUACACAGACUUUGACUCUCUGGCACACUGUUCUUUCAGAGCUGAUGACUUUUGUAUGACCUUCCUUCUGUCUCUCUCCUGUCCUGCCCCUCUUUCUCUUGCGGACCACCUGUGGAAAGGUCACGACUCCACUCACCGGGAAGGAGAGGAG